AAUUAGCCUAUAAAACCCCCAUGCAUGCGGGAGUACUCCUUCGAAAACCAAGCCAGAAAAGUCUAUAAACCUAUUUGCGGCCUUUGCCACUCAGCUCCCUGUUCUAAUAACAUGACUCGUCUUGUGGCUAAGCAAGGGCCCCUAACUGCAGAUCAGGUACGGGGUAUUAUUAAAAAAUACGAUGCUAACAACGACGGGGGUCUAAACAAGGAAGAGCUAAAGGAUGCCUUCCGAGCCCUCGGUGCUCGUCUGCCCGGCUGGAGAGCUCGUCGUGCAAUCCACCAUGCUGAUGCUAACGGAGAUGGAUUAAUCGGGGAGGAGGAGCCUCUUCGUGCCCUCCACCAUGCUGGUGCAAACGGAGAUGGAUUAAUCGGAGAGGAGGAGCUCGACAGCGUCAUGCAAUAUGCUAUGAAAAAGGGAUAUGAUGGUAACAUGCUGUACAAAAACUAAAGGGCUAUCUCUAUAUAAAUAUUGCAGUAGCUAAGUUUCAACUAAUUCUAAUUAGCUGAUGUAAGAACCAAACGGCGGCCAGCUCCGGCCUUGUCAUGUGCAAGGUUCAAUGCUUGUAUGUGUUUUGGUUUUAUUAUGUAUGAUGAAGUAGUGCUUCUUAAUUUGUGUAA